GUCUUUUCAACACUGGUGAGGAGCAGGCCUAUAAGCCAGAGUUAGUCUUUGUCAUCGACUUGGUUGACACAAAGGCUGAAGAUAUCCUAUCGAGACAGGCUGUGGACAAUUGGGAACAUAGCAGGAUACGAGCGGUAGGGCGGUCGGCUCAAUGGUGGGGUGGUCGUAUGUAA